AGCACAAAAUUUCCGACCAAAUGCAAAUCACACAUCCAUGGAUUCCUCCCCAUUGAACACUCUCCCACAAGACACCCUCCACCAGAUAUUCAGCCGCCUCUCCCUCCGCCGCAUCGCCGCCGCCAAGUGCGUCUGCAAGUCCCUCCACUCCGCCCUCUCCUCCCCUUCCUUCCUCCACCUCCUCCGCACCACCACCCAAUCGCAACCCCUCUCCCUCGUUGCCCUCAAACCCUCCCACCGCCACGUCACCGCCCAUCCCACCCUCCACGCCUUCGAUCCCGCCGCCAAUCGAUGGAUCAAAUUCUCCCUCUCCUUCCUCCCCUUCUCCGCCCUCCACCCCAUCACCUCCUGCGACGGCCUCCUCUACCUCUGGGCUUCUUCUCUCCAAAAUCCCCCAAUCUCCCCCGCUCUAAAUUCCCAAAAAGCCCUCGUUGUCUGCAACCCCCUCACCGGCCAGUUCAAAACCCUCCCCCAGCUCGGCUCCGCCUGGUCGCGCCACGGCUCCGUCCUAGCCGGCUCCCUCAGCGUAGUCCUCGUCCUCACCGAGCUCGCAAUUCUGUACUACUCCGACAACGGAAACCCUAAAAACGGCACCUUUGAUCCAAGCAUUUCGUCCAAUUGGCUCAAAUUCUCGUCCAAUUUGCCUUCGAAACCCCGAAGCCCGGUUCUAAUCUCCGAUUUCAUCCUCACAUUGUGCGAUGUGGGGUCCCCGUGGAGGUCGCAAUGGGCGAUGUUCAAGACGAAGAUCGCCAACAAUGCCGAGAAGAAAACAAUGCAGUGGGCGAGAUUGGAGAAGCGCGAGUGGGGGGACAUUUUCGACAUUUUGAAGCGGCCGAGAUUGGUUAAAGCAGGUGACGAUAAGAAAGUGUACAUGGUCGGUGGCUUAAGCAGCUCGUACGCGCUGCAGAGCGCGUGCACGACGAUCUUGAUACUGAGGCUCGAUUUGGAGAGCUUGAAGUGGGAUGAAGCUGGGAGAAUGCCCGUGGAAAUGUACAGGUGCUUUAUGGAGAGCAGUAAAUUCAAGGUUUUCGGUGCUGGAAAUAGGGUUUGUUUCUCGGCGAAAAGGGUUGGGAGAUUGGCUAUGUGGGAGGAAGUAAAAGGAGACGAAAACACACAGUGGAGGUGGGUCGAUGGUGUGCUUGGGAGCGGAGACGGGCUUCCUCGUGGAUUCGUAUUCGAGGCGAGGCUUGAUGCUGUUCCGUAGGUAAACAUUUAUUAAGUGUUUGCAAAAAAUACAAUUUCGAUUUUUAUUUUUGUUAUAACUAAAUUGCUACAUCGAUUGAAAUAUGUUGUUGUAUUAUCUAUAUGCUUUCGUGAGUAGACAGACACCUAUUCUCGGUUUUUUGUUGCUGUUGCUCGUGUUUAUUGUUCAUAAGCCUCUUGAAAAUGUCGUUGAAAAGCGAUGCUCUGUGUUUAGGAAUUCGGGUGUCGUGUUGUGUGUCGUUGUUGUAUUGCUCGAUACCCUUUGUAGUGUAUUUUGUUCUCGACUAGAUUGAGGAAUUUUGCAGAA